AAUUAGAUUUCGUUUUUGGUGGGAUCCAGUUAUAUUGUAGUGGUGCCCAUCGGUUUCAAAGACGCUGGUGUUGUUUAUUUUAGUAUUGGUUUUUCUGAUUUCCACGCCUCUCAACCGCUAGAAAUUUAAGAUGCCACCAAAAAAACACAGCGGAUUUAUGAUGUUUGUGAACGAAUGGCGCGACAACAAUCCUGAAGGUCGAAAUUUAAGCAUUUCCCAAGCUGUGACGCGAUGUGGGUCAAUUUGGGAUAAAAUGAGUGCUCAGCAACGGGGCCCGUACAACUCUGAGGCAAAAAACGCUGACGUUGUGUCUCGCGUGAAGAAGGAGCGACUCAACUGCCAUGGCCAGGUCCUGUCCCAGGUUGAGCUGGAGGAGCGAGAAAUGGCCGAAAGCAAAUUACACAUGAAGCGCUGUACUGAACGCAUCGUUAUGGAUGCCAAACGCUCGCAUGAUCUGGAAAGCACCAAAUUUGUGUUUGUCGCCUUUAACUAUUUUACCAAGGCCCUUACAUCCGACGUAUAUGUACCAGCUGAAUUUUCGGCCACUGAAUACUCUUUAAACGACGGAAUUAAAUCCGUCUACAGUACCUUAAUCGACCCCGGUCAAAUUAUUUUUGGACAGGGCAGCGACGCCCAGCAUCACUCUUCUACCACUCACAACCUGCCGCUGCCUCCUAACGCUUUGGGGGAGAAAAAUAUGGGAAAAUUAUUCCGUAACAUUCUAGAAUAUUUAUCACAAAGUAAGGAGGGCAAAGACGCUAAUAAGCCAUUGGUGGUUUUUACCAAAACCGAUCUUAUACCAGUCGUUAAGUCAUGCUUUCGCUACUUGGCCUGUGAAAGUCAGGAUCGGCUCUAUGAAAGCGGAGACCAGAUACAGGUCCUUGACAUCCAAUAUUUGUUCUUCAUCCUAAAAAAGGAAGUUUUGGACACCGCUGGACUUCCAGACGACAAGAUAAAUUUAUAUGUGACCGACGCUUACUUUUCAAGAGACUUCUUCGAGUUUACUCCAGAAAUUGCGUGCCAAUAUCAUGAAGAAAAUGACCGCUCAAAAUAUUGCACGCAGAGCCUUGUGAAGCGAUGGGCUUAUACCUUCAGCGAUUAUAUGUGCCGUGACCUGGCUAUAUCCGUUCAACCGGGAAAACAUAUUCCACCUAAGACAAAACCGAAUUACCGGGUAAUCCCCGCUGAUUCAAGUGUUCAUGAGUCUUCCUUCGAUUCAUUCCACUCAUUCCCGGUUUCACGUGAAAAGAAAGAUGAUUCAUCCGCAGUUCUUUCACCAGCUUCCAGCCGCAGAUCCCUCGCAUCGUCCUCUUACGUGCCAACAGACCAUACUUCGUUUGUUUGCGACCUUAACAAGAAAGACGAAUUUCCAUCUCUCGGUGGCCGGCGAACCGCUAAGGGUAGGAAUGGAGCACAGAGUUCUAAAACUAUGGGUUCCUGGAAUCUACCAGCUCAUACCCGUUCUCUUCGGGACUUUUCUGACGACGACUUUAGUGUUUCAAGCACUAGAAAGUAGUACCGCCAUUAGAUUUAAUUUAACAGCAUAAGUUAGUUUCUGUCGCUUGGAGUGCGCAUAACUCUAAUAUUACAUAAAUAUUUCCACUUCUACUGAAGAAAAUUUUCAUUUGUUACAAGCUAUAGAAAGGCCAUUUACAAUAAAAAUCUACUUUAACAUGUUCCA